AGACUGUCUGCACCUCUCAAACAGCAGUAUGCUAAGGUACAGUACACAUCUGAAGCAAGGUCUUUGAUAGGUUGGGUGGAUGCAGUUUAAAAGAGGAGUUACAGAUCAUAGUCUUGACUAUGAGGAGCUGUUGGGUUCUGGUCAGUAUAAAGAGAGUUAUCGUGCUGACAUGAUCCGCUGGGGUGAGAUGAAGAGACAGCAGGACUCCGGCUUCUUCUGUAGACUGGCCAUCAAACAUGCCACACAGCCCAUCUGGAUAAUCAGCGAUUGCAGAAGGAUGUCAGACGUGCAGUGGUUCCAUGAAGAGUUUUCUGAUAGAUGUAUCUGUGUUCGGGUGGAGGCUUCUGAGCAGACGAGAUCACAGAGGGGCUGGAGAUUCACCACAGGUAUAGACGACGCUGAGUCCGAGUGUGGUUUGGAUGAGGGUGUGAAGUUUGACUAUAUCAUUAGGAACGAUGGAGCUGAUGACGUUCUGGAGAAACAGCUGGAGGAUCUACUGUCUUUGAUCAAGUCACGGGAGGACGAAUCAAACGCACAAAACAACAUUAAACCAGAAAAAUAAAAGCUGCUUUUUUGCUAUCAGUUCGUAUAUCCUGUUCACUGGAGAACUUGCAAACUCUUCUGUAUUUUAAUGAAUGGUUCUCGUCAUAAUUUACUCAGCCUCUUGGCAUUCCAAAAAGUGUCUUGUUAUAUUCUUUUUGUAACAAAAAGGAUCAUUUUUGCCUUGAUUUUAUAUAUAUAUAUAUAUAUAUAUAUAAUUUUGUAUAUACUUUUUUUUUGAUGAAUGACGAUAAAAAAGUAUUAUGUUCGAUACUUUCGGUGUACAAUAUUAAUGUAUUUAAUUAUACAAAUUUCAUUUUCAUCCUUGAAACACAUUUUCACCCGCUGAAACACAUAAAAGUUGUCCAUAUAAUUUGUGUGUUUUAUUCCAAAUCGUCUGAAGCCAUACAAUAUCUCUGACCAUUUAUUUUUUAAAUUCCUUAUUUCCAAAAAUACUUUUGGCAUCAUCGUCAAAACUGGGACAGGGUGCAUCAACAUGCUUUGAAUAUGUGCAAGGGCAAACUAGAGUUGAGCUAUAAUUCAGAGUGAAAGUUCUUUAAGGGUUUCACCUAAAUGUUAAAAAAAGAAAUACAUUAGAAAUAUCAGGAUAGGGAUGCACAAAUAGUGUAUAAACCAACAUUUGACAAUUGCGAAAGUGACUAACAUUUAACAUACACUACACAACUUUUAAAGUUGUCAGAUUGGUGUUUUUUCACGCUACACAACUGUCUUUUUUCCGAUGCCUAAGAGAUGUUUGGGUCCACAAUGCAUGACCUGUAGUAUAAAAUGUGUUUUGACUGGAACCUGCUUAAGUGACAACAGACAGUUGUGUAGUUUGAAAACAACAGCAAUCUAAGUCGUCGUGUAGUGUAUGUUAAAUGUUAGUCACUUUCCCAAUUGUCAAAUGUUGGUUUAU